AGUAUUAUGGGCUGUCGCGCGCUGGCUGCUGCUUUUCUGCUCCUGGAAGCGGCCGAGGGGGAAGCGGCGGGUCGACAUGGAGCUCUCGGCGGUGGGGGAGCGGGUGUUCGCGGCCGAAGCCCUCCUCAAGCGGCGCAUACGGAAAGGACGCAUGGAAUACCUCGUGAAAUGGAAGGGCUGGUCGCAGAAAUACAGCACAUGGGAGCCGGAAGAAAACAUCCUCGAUGCCCGGCUGCUCGCAGCCUUUGAGGAAAGGGAACGAGAGAUGGAGCUCUAUGGCCCCAAAAAACGAGGACCCAAACCUAAAACCUUCCUUCUCAAGGCCCAGGCCAAGGCCAAAGCCAAAACGUACGAGUUCCGAAGUGACUCCGCGAGGGGGAUCAGGAUCCCCUACCCCGGCCGCUCCCCGCAGGACCUGGCCUCCGCCUCCCGGGGCCGGGAGGGCCUUCGGAACAUGGGUUUGUCUCCCCCGGGGAGCAGCAGCAGCACCAGCAGCACCUGCCGCGCAGAACCCCCUCGCGAGCGGGACCGAGAACGCGAGCGGGACCGGGAAAGGGAGCGAGAAAGAGAACGGGAACGGGCCGCCAGCCGCGUGGAUGACAAACCCAGCUCGCCAGGGGACAGCUCUAAGAAACGAGGCCCCAAGCCCCGGAAGGAGCUUCUGGACUCCUCGCAGAGGUCCCUAGGAGAGUCCAGCGAUGGCCUGGGAGAGUACCUGAAGGGCAGGAAGCUGGACGACCUCCCUCCCGGGACAGGAAAGUUCCCCGCGGGCCACAGUGUGAUCCAGCUGGCCCGAAGGCAGGACUCCGACCUGGUGCAGUGUGGUUUGACCAGCCCCGGUGCAGCCGAGGCGGUGGGCAAGUUGGCUGUGGACACAUUCCCAGCCAGGGUCAUCAAACACAGGUCUGCCUUCCUGGGGGCCAAAGGCCAGGGUGCCCUGGAUCCUGGUGGCCCCCGGGUUCGGCCGGGGUCGGGCACCCCAGGCUCUGUGGGGAGCUUGUAUCGGGACAUGGGGGCCCAGGGGGGAAGGCCCUCCCUCAUCGCCAGAAUCCCAGUGGCCAGAAUCUUGGGGAACCCCGAGGAAGAGUCCUGGAGCCCCUCUCUGACUAACCUGGAGAAGGUGGUGGUCACCGACGUGACCUCAAACUUUCUGACCGUCACCAUUAAGGAAAGUAGCACGGACCAAGGCUUCUUUAAAGAGAAAAGAUGAACUGCUGGCUGGGGCCAGGGUGAGAGCAGGCCAGAGUGAGUGCAAACUUGCCACAGUGCUUUUUUAUUUCUGGAUGGGACGUGGCCCGGUGGCUGGCCCUGUCCCUGAUUUCACACCCCCUCUGCCCCUUUCAUCCCCCCCUCCCUUCCUCCCUCCCUCCCUCCCUCCCCCUCCCCCCCUCAGUUUCGGUUGGAAAAUUAUCUCUAGAGUUAUAUUUUCUAUUAGAUGUAAAUAUGUUAUUUAAGAAAAAUAUCUAAAUAUAUAUAUUUCAGCUC